CGAUGUGGGGUGUGUGCGUUGACGGGGAGGCAGUGAAAGGCGGCGAAGCAGUGCAAGCCAGUGCGUCCGCGGCCGUCAACCACACCUUGUCGGGUUCAGAGAGAGGAAAACGCGCGCGCGCACUCUCACAAACACCCUCGACACGCACCCCCGUCGCCGUAGUUCGACCGGUCGUUUCGCUUUCGACGCGGUCUGCCUGUUGCGGGACGGCUGACUCGCCGAGGGAACAAGGAUUCCAAGUGCAAGACGGAUAAUUGACAAGGGACUGAAGAAGAUGGACAUAAAAGGACGAGUUGCCUUGGUGACGGGUGCCGCUUCCGGUAUUGGUAAAUCAUGUGCCAUAGAAUUAUUGAAUGAAGGCGCGAUGGUUUCUAUAUGCGAUAUAAAUGCAGAAGAUGGUGAAAAAUUAGCGGAAACAUUGUCCACGGAGUACGGAAAAGAUCGUGUAAUCUUUUGUCAAUGCGAUGUCACAGACUACGCGCAAUUCGAGGAAUCGUUUCAAACGACGUUCGAGACAUUUGGCCACAUCGAUAUCGUUGUUAAUAACGCUGGUAUAAUGAACGAUCGGUUUUGGGAAUUAGAAGUCGACAUCAACGUUAAUGGCGUGAUUCGUGGAACUAUGCUCGCUCAGCGAUUUAUGGGGACGGAUAGGGGUGGCCAGGGUGGAAUAGUGGUUAAUAUUGGAAGCAGCAUCAGCAUCAACCCUUACACCAGUGUUCCAAUUUACUCUGCCACCAAGGCGGCAAUCGUCCACUUCACCAGAGCGUUUGGGCACCAAUAUCACGUGGAUUUAACCGGUGUAAAGGUGAUGGCAUUGUGCCCAAGUGCGACAGAUAGCAAAAUAUUAGGAGAUGUCAGUAAACAGUUGCUCUCACCUCGGUAUGUAGACGCCUGGCUUCGUGACACAGCUAGUUCUGUUCCUCAAAGAGCGGAACACGUGGCCAAGGCGUUGAUCCAGAUCCUGAACACAGACAAAAGUGGAAGCGUUUGGCUGGUUGAAAAAAGCCAACCACCUCACGAGAUCACAUUCCCAAAGAUCUAAAAAUCUUAACUGCCAUCAUUCGCGUGGAUCCUUUCUCGCUUCAAUACGAAUAACCUACUACUAUAAUCACGACGCCAUAACGAGAUUUUAUUAAUAUUAAAAAUCUAAUAGAAAGAUCACGCUCUCUCUCCUUCUCGAUCUUCUUAAUCGAAAUUUCGAAAAAUUUCACUCGUUCCGAAACUUAUCUUGAAAAUUAUCAAACAUGCCCUUGAAGGGAGGGAUGGAUCAAUAUCUGAGGCGUGUAAAGAUGUGCGGGAUCAAGAACGCGAAUAUAGAUGUAAGGGAGAAUAAAUCGCAUUACCAAAGAUUACGAAAGGCAGUUUGUAUGGUGAAAUCGUUUCUUUGUAUGUUGUUAUCCGUUCGUGUUAGAUUUAGAAAGAAUAGCGCUCGUUCUUAUAACAUGAUAAUUUAAUUAAUGGAUU